GUUUGGGCUAACAACAUAGUAUACACUGAACAAAAUUUGUAGUUUGCAUUUAUAAUUUCUAUAUUUUGGUUACGGUAUCUGGAAAAAUGCCGCUGGGCAAGAAGGUGAACGCAGAUGCAGAGCUGUCGCGACGUCAACGCGCUGAGCUGCGCACUACUUAUGGCAACAAGUACUCCAAUAUGAAUUUAGUGCGACUGCGCAGUCGUCCGCCAGCAGCAGCAGCGGAUGCUGUACCUGCAGCAGUUGCAACUACAGCUGUGGCCGCAAUAGCUGGAGCAACCACGACAUCCUUGCGACGCAUUGCCUCAAGCUUUGCGCAUGUUAGCGAUGUGGGGUAUGGUUCUUUUGCGGCUUUGCCACACGAGGAUUCGGAGGAGGAUGCGCGUGAGGAGCGAGCCGAGGUGCUGAUACGCAGUCAGCCCUUUAAGCUGGCGGUGGCUUCACUUGCGGAGAGUGCAUCAACCUCAGGUGCUAGACAACAGGAUGAAGUGCCAUGUGAACACUUUCUGGCAACACAGACGCGUGCCAACGAGCGUUGGAAUCAAAUUGCCGCCACAGUCUCCGCUUUGUUUCGUGUACGGCGUACCGAGGCCCAUCCAUCAUUUGAGCUGCGACGAUUGCGGGAACAGCGCGAUCUGCUCGAAUCAUUCACACGGCCCUUUCUCUAUGAGGAGGGCAAUGCUCAGCCGAAGUAAAAUCGCUUGUAGCUAUGGCCAAUCCAAUGGUGCUGUAACCAAAAAGGAAACCCUACCGCUCUGAACUAUAAACUUGUUUUCCAAAUUCAUUCACAUUCACAUAUUAUUCAUAUAUUCUCAUAUUCAUAUUCGUAAUUCAAAUGCAG